UACCUUUGAUGUUGUGCCUCUGGGAAAGAAGCUGUGUGAGAGAAGUGUUGUUCAAAGAACUAUGUGCAGCAGGUAGUGCAAAGCAAUGGCCUCAUACCUUGGGAUUGGGAUCAAGCAAUGCAGUGUGAUGCCAUGUUUUUGAUGUCUUAGAGGAACAAUCAGAAGGACAAGUCUAUUUCUUGAAGAGACCAGUAUUAAAUCACUCACACUAUUUUUAUCGUCAACAUCCCUCUCUAACCUAUGUUUUUGACACCCACUCUAUUGAUAAGAGGCAGUGUGGUAUACAUGGGAGUUCCAGAGCUCAGGUAUCUUCUAUCUGCUCAACUGUCUUAAUUGUGGGAAGAAACUAUCAGCAGAAAUAUAAGAAGACAGUGGCUUUCAUAGGAUGAAAGCCUGGUAUUUAACAUAAUAUAAAGAAUGGAAAGAAAAGAUGGGUGUGGAGAGUGGGGAGUAUGACAGACUUAUAAACUUAGGAGUGAAUCUGAUCAUGGGAUGUACUGUCUCCAUUAUGACAGGUUAUGAACUUUGAGGACGUGGCCAUUGCCUUCUCUCAGGAAGAAUUGGGGAUCCUUGAUGAGGCUCAGAGACUUCUGUACUGUGAUGUGAUGCUGGAAGUUUUUGCAGUUGUAUCAUCUAUAGGUUGUUGGCAUAAAAUGGAAGAUGAGGAGGCCUGUUCUGAUCAGAGUGUAUACAUACAAGGAGAGUCACAGGUUAGGGCUUCUAAGACAGCUGCAGCCACCCAGAAGACCUUUCUUUGUAAGCGGUGUUUCUCUGUGUUGCAACAUAUUUUGCACCUGGCUGGGUCACAUGCAGCAGACUUUGCGCAGAAAGCCUUCUGUACUGAUGUGUGUGUUGGAGACUUCUGUUUCAGUGCAAACCCUCACCAGCAACAGAGGAAUGAAUGUGGAGAGGAGCCCUGGAAACAAGCUAUGGACAGGGCCUCCUGUGUGAACAGGUGCAGCUUCUCCUUUUCUUUGGUGACUUCAACCAGGAGGGAGGUUGCCAAAGACUUGCAAUCCAACUCAGAGCUUCCCCAGCACCAGGCUACUCUUAAGACUGAGGAGCUACACUGUGGCAGUGAGAUUUCACAGGAAUUUCUUGAUGGAAAAAGUCAUCACCAGUGGGGUGACUGUGAAAAUGCUGUCAGCCACAACCUGAAAGAUGUUAAAUGUCAGAGUGCAUUUUCUGGAGAAGUAGUUUUUGAGUGUGACAAAUGUAGGGAAGUGUUUAGACGAAUCUUUAACCUCAUUCAACAUAAGAGAGUUCACACUGGAGAACAGCUGUAUGAGUGUCGUGAAUGUGGGGUUUCCUUUCGUCUGAGAGCUCACCUCACAAGGCACCACCGAGUUCACACUGGAGAGAAGCCAUAUGAGUGUAGUGAAUGUGGGAAGUCUUUUAGCCAAAAAUCAAAUCUUAUUGAACAUCUGAAAGAAUGUGGGAAGUCCUUCAGUGCAAGAAGUACACUCAUUAAACACCAGAGAGUUCACACUGGAGAGAAGCCAUAUGAGUGUACUGAAUGUGGGAAGUCUUUUUGCCAAAAAUCUAGUCUUAUUAAACAUCUGAGAGUUCACAGUGGAGAGAAGUGUUAAAUGUGCAGGAAAUGUUUUAUUUUAUUCACUUAGAAUAGUAACACUGAAGGUGACUCUUUGGGACCUAUUUUCCUGAAUUGAAACCUCCCCUCCUUUUUUUAAAAAAAUAUAUUUUAUUGAUUUUUUACAGAGAGGAAGGGAG